AAUACAUUUUAUCGAAGGACGGCUGACGUCAGUGUCGUAUCGUGACCUUUCUGCCUCAGCCACCCUUUUGCUAUAGCAAUGUGAUUUGCUCGAUUUUCUCCGCUUCAUCGAGCUAGAGUUUGCUUUGAAGACAUCCUUCGAAAUUAUUUACGAUUCAGGUAAGUCAUAUGCAAAUAAAGGGUGCUCUUACGCAGUGCUGUAGUGUUAAAAUUCAUUACAGCACGUGUUGCGUAUGCGACAGCUUCCAUGUAGCUUCGACAACCGCCUUCCGAAUGCGUAAAAGACGUAGUGAUCCCGAUAAUUCAAGUAUUCCAAUAGGCAGUCAAAUUUCCAUUCAUGGAAUGACAAGAACCCGUUGAUGAACAUGUAUAUUACCAAAUGUAGGUAAAUGUUUGAGAAAACAGUAAUAAUAGGUCAGCUAUCACUUCGUAAGAAGCCCAAGUCAAAUCAUAGGCUCAAGCAAACCCAGAAUUGCGAGGUUUCUCGCUCUUCCGCUUUAACCAAGAUAAGAUGGCGAGUUUUUUGGGAAUUGAUAAAAAGUUGUUUUCAUUGCGAUGCAACGGAUGGGGAGUAAAUCAAAACACGAGAACUAGAAGCAGAUUUCCAGUGUCCUAAUUUAAAAAGGAGAAAUACCUUCCCAGUGAAAUGUAGUAAGUCCCUCGCCUUCUAUCUUUUUAUCUGUUUCGUUCAUUUGUAAUUUCUUCCUCUCUCUAUCUCACUGUAGUUGGCCUCUCAGCUACUAUCUCAUUCUAUGUUUGUCUCUUGCUUUCGAACUCUUUUUCUCUUUGUCUAUUUCGUUGUCACCUUUCCCUCCUUUUCUCUCUUUGUUCAGUUUCUCUCUCUGUUUUUUCUUAAUUCUUGUUUUCUCUUUGUUCCUCUUGAUUUCUUUCUGUGUAGUCGGUCUGUCACCUGCUAUACUUUUGCUGUUUCUUCCCUUUCUUCUUUCUUUCUUUCACGGACUUUGUCUCCUUGUUGUCGGUCUCUUCCCUCCUAUCUUUUACUCUGUUUCUUACAUUUCUACCUAUCAAUCUCUAUGUUUCUAUUUGUGUAUAAUAAUCUAUUUCUUCUCUCUCUCUCUUUCUCUGUACACGUUCUCCCUCCCUCCUUUUUAUCCGCCUAACACUCACAUCCCUCCUCCUCACUACCACUUUCCUUUCCCAUCAACUUACUGUUUUAUACUAUGAAAGGCUAUACAAGACUACUCUGCCAGCGUGCCGUGAUUGCCUUUUUCUUCCUUUUGAGAUAUUAUUAAAUUAGUAUUAAAAUGCACAUUAAAAUGGGACAAAUACAAUGAAACAAAGGUACAAUCACGUAGCGGCAGUGAGCUCUCAAGCAUUGCUAAGGAAGCACUCGAUGGCCAAGAAAAACUACUGUAGAAAAGUGAGAGUUCUUCAUACCACAGUAAAGGUGGUGAGGCCGAGCACCCAACCAAGAUGGCGCACCAGCGCUGCGUAAUAUCUAGUUCGUCAUAAAUGUUCAUAAGCUGAAUAGCCUUCCGAAGAAAUUUGGGCUUGAAGAAAUGGUGGGUUCUGCGCUACGUUCUUGCAUACGUUGUGAAUACGCAUGAGAAAAAAAAGAAACAGAUGAUACGGCACUUCAUCAAGAGGAGCGGUUAGGACGCUCGCGCACGGAUUGUGGGUGCGCGAGUUGGAAUCACGCCUCGGCAAAUUUAUUUCCGCCACAACAUUUCUUUCUUGCCUUGUUUCUUUGUUUCUACUGCUUUAAUUCUCUCUCUUUCAGUGUACUUGGACAGAUCGGUGCAUGUAUUCUGCAAGCGAAGCCGAAAACAAAGAAUAGGAGAGCGAGAAAGAAGAGUACAGUGAUGGUGCGCAAUGCAGCGGUUGAGGACACGCCUGCGGAGACGCCUGCUACUACCGAUUCUGAUUCGAACAGUCCUGAUGGGUGGAAUUUCGUAAAAAACGGUACUAGGUAUGACAUGCUGGAGAGGAACUUUUAUCCCAAUGGAUUCAACGAGUCAGUUGAAUGCUUGAGUAGUUUGCUUACGAACAAGAAUGAAAGUAGCCAUCGCUUGGACGGUUUCAUAAAAUAUCAAAACAUUAGCACGAAAACAUGGGUUACCGUGAACCAAACGUACCAGUUCUCCCAGGAUAAUACAACCAACUACAACGUUAUGAAUGCAACAGAAGACUCCCAGGGUCCGCAUGGAUCACAACAUUUUAUAGUCAAUGGGACGUCCUGCGCUGGAGUUACCGUCGUAUACGGUAGCCAAAAAAGACAAGCUUCUCAAGAAGCUCUACCAGAAGCGCGCACUGAUGGCUCGCAAGUUGCGACAGUCCAAUGCAUCCUGUGGCUCGAACAUGGAACAAACGAGUCCGAAGCUGAACCGUGCAGGAAGGUCUUGCAAGAUAGGUGCGGAGGUACUUUCCAUACCACAUACAACAAGACGAGUUGCCCGCCUGAAGAUAAUUAACAUUGUAGCACUGCAUUUUAAUAACUACAAUUUCCUCAAAUAUUAAAUAAAUCUACGUGUUGUUUUUGUAUGUUUGAAACGUCAUCCCGCUUUUUGUAUUUAAAUACGCAGGUUUGAAUUGAGUAAACCAGCGUACUAA